AUGUACGAACACGAGCGGGAUACUCACAGCCUCCUGCCCAGAUGGGUUUACAUUCCGCUGGAGCGUCGGAUUGGAGCCUUUGUCCGCAUAACUCUGACCUUUGAUUUCGACUGGAUUGUCCUCUCGGAAAUCGCAUUCAAUUCGAGUGAGUCUUAUAUCUAG